UCCCCAUUCGGUUGGCUAAGUGUUAAAAAUAGUAGCGUAUAAAAAUAGUCAAAGACUUCAAUGUAAAAUACUAUAUAAUGGUGGUUGUUUCAAGCUUGAGUACAUAAGAGUAUAAGUGGUCCAAUGAGUUUUAUUUCCAACAUAUUUCUGCUUUAAUAACAUAAUUACACAUUAUUUGAUUAGAUAAUUGAGCAAGUUAUCUAAACCAGGAAAUCUUGACUUACGUAGUGGAUUGCGGUAUAAACGCAAAAUGAUGAUCGUAUCAUUGUUUUUAGUCUUGUGUAAAUAAGUACAUGUGCUUCUCGAAAUCAGAAUUUCAAUUGUUUAACAGUUCCAAUAGUUUACAAUAGUGGUAUUAAUUAGUUUCCCUUUUAUCGAAUAUAGAAUAAUUAUUAUCAUAAACUGGUAUGACUUUGCCACCAAGAAUGGAUAAAAACCAAAAGUUAGAAAUACUGCGAAAUGCAAUUAAAACUUAUCCUGACUUCCCUAAACCAGGUGUCAUAUUUCGAGAUAUAUUUGGGAUAUUCAACGAUGUAGUUGCAUUAAGAGCGAUGAAAGACUUAUUAGUGGAACAUGUGUUAUUCCUUGAAGUUGAUUUGGUUGUAGGUUUAGAUUCGAGGGGUUUCCUGCUUGGACCUAUAAUCUCAUUAGAAUUGGGAAAGCCUUUUUUACCAAUUAGAAAAAAGGGUAAACUUCCAGGAGAAGUUAUAGAGCAGAAUAUUACUCUUGAAUAUGGAGAGGCUACACUUGAAAUUCAGAAGAAACUUCUAACUAAAGGAACGCGCGUAUUGGUUGUAGAUGACUUACUGGCAACAGGAGGUACUAUGAUCGGUGCAAUAGAAUUAUUAAGAUCAGGUGGAGUUGAAGUGGUUGAAUGUUUAGUGAUAAUUGAGUUAAGUAAAUUAAAAGGAAGGGAGAAACUCGAUGUACCUGUUCAUUCGUUUAUUCAAUAUGACUAGCCUUUUUAGGUUAAUGAAAAAAGUACAAUCUGGUGUAAAAAGAAUACAUUAUACAUAUUAUCCUUGCUUCUGCAAAAAGACAAAUAUAAAUAGAGAAAUAUUGUAUAUCAUUUGUACAAAAAGUUUUUAUAAUACAUAUUUACAAAUCAUAAAUAUAUCAUACAAAUUGAGACCGUUUA